AUGGAGAAUGAAAUUAAAUCAUUGAGAGCUGAUUUAGAUAAAGCAGUCGAAGAAAAUAGUAUAGAUGAAAUAGUAGCGCUUCUCAAAGCAAUUGGUUUAUUAAAUAUAUCUAAAGACCUUUUAAAAACAACAUUAAUAGGUAAAUCAGUAGGAUUAUUAAGAACACAUAAAAACAGUGCUGUUUCUAAAGAGUCUGGUGUAUUGGUAGACAAGUGGAAAGAUCAACUUCAAAUACCAAAAAAGAUAAGCGAACCAACAUCACCUGUCGUCGAGUAUACAACGACCAACAAGCUUAAAAAAUCUACUACUUCUUCAACUUCUACUACUUCUAAUAAUUUAUCUUCGUCAUCAUCAUCGACGACACCUGAUAAACCAACAACACCAAAGAGAAAAACAUUUGAUGAAGAUGAAUAUGAAGAUCAAGGAAAACAAAAUAAUGGAGGCACAAAGAAACAAGUCAUACAUUCCAUAGUAAAUACAACAUCAUUGCCACAUUUGGCCGAUGCAACAAGAUCUACUACUCUCAAACUGUUUGCAGAGGGUCUCAAGAUGGACGAGAUCACAGAGUUACAUUAUAACCAAGCUGCUGUCGAAAUUGAAAGCCAAUUGUUUGAAACAUACGGAGGUGCAAAUAGUGACUACAAGGUCAAGGCUCGUUCAAUCAUCUUUAAUCUCAAGAGUAACCAUCUCUUGAAAAAGAAUAUACUUAGUAAAACUCUUACUGUCACUAGAUUUUGUACAAUGGAUGCUACUGAAAUGGCAAAUAAAGAAUUAAAAGAAGAAAGAGAAAGAAUGCUUAAGUAUUCAAGAGAAGCUGCUACUCUUAGUCGUGAAGCUGCAACAACAGAUCAGUUCCAAUGUGGAAAGUGCAAACAAAGAAAAUGCACCUAUUUCCAACUCCAAACAAGAUCUGCUGAUGAACCUCUUACCACUUUUGUCACUUGUGUUAAUUGUAACAAUAGAUGGAAAUUCUGUUAG